GCGACGACGAAGCGACCGAACGAAGCCUCGCAAUUAUUUUCAAAGUUUAGGAUCGUUUUUGAGAAUAUUCUGCCUGUAGUUUAUCAAAUACUUUCUGCUGGAUCUCGUUCGCGAAAUUUAAUCAUUCCUCGUUUCGUCCUGGACGUCCUUUAGCGUAUUUAAGUGACAAAUCAGCGGUAAUUUCUCUACGGUGUUUGAACGCGUGUUGAUGCACCGCUAGUGAAGUUGUUACCUAUCCAUUGGAAUUUGAGAAAAGUGUUGUUAAUCAUGCCUAAAAACUUUUCUCCGGUUGCCGAAAAUGGGAGAGUGAGCAAUGGCAACACAGGUUUCAGGAUUCCGAAGAGAUCAUUUUCUGAAAUGAAUGAUGGUUCUUUUCCGAGUGGUAAUCAGAGCGUACCUGAAACACCGGCUCCACAAAAUACUGCUCCUCCUCCCUCGCCUACCCCUGCGAUAAAAGUCGCAAGUGCUCCAGUUCCCGUGUAUAACCAUGGUUUUGUACAUGAUCAAGGACAGUCACCACCUGGCCCACAAGAUUAUUUCAAAUGUGCAGAAAUAAAGAGGGCACCAUCUACCACGCCGCUAGAGCCAUUAAAAGAUUUAACCCCUAUGCAACAGCUACUGGAAACAGUUUUACCAGAAACAGCAAAUUUUGUUGUGCUGCCAGCCAAAGUCACUGAAAAAUUCAGCGUGGGCACGUGCGAAUUGUGUAAAGUUAAUAUGCUAUCCAUGAUUCAAACUAAAAUGCACUAUAACGGCAAGCCUCAUUUGAAGAAAGUGAAAAACUUCCUGAAAAAUGAAUGUGGGGUGAAUGAUGAACCUCCUGUGAAAAUACCCAAGAUAACAAAGCCCGAAGAUGACCUGAAAAAUGAAGAAAACAGAGAGUGUAAAGUAUGCAAGGUAAUCUUCAAUAGUUCUGUUCAUGCCAAUCAACAUUAUGAAGGGAAGAAACAUAAAAAAGCGAUGGUGAAUGCAGCAAGAAGUGGUAUCUUAGCUGAUGGAAGGUUUGGCAUUGGCACAGGAUUUUCAUCAGCAUCUGAAACUAAACCCAUUGAUUCUGUACCAAGUAUCUCCAAACCAUUCUUCUGUGAAUUAUGUAAUGUGCAGUGUAGUUCUAGUGACCAGUACAAGACCCACAUAGAAGGUGCCAGACAUAAUAAAAACUUGAGGAAAGUUGAUCCAUGUGCUGUCACCCCAAUUCCAAAAUUUUUUGUUGAUGAUUCGGAAGCUUUUGCCAUGUUUCGUACACCUUCAGGUAAGUUCUACUGCCAUUACUGUAAUUAUCAUGGUCAGACUCGUAAAAAAUUUGCAUCGCAUGUUCAAACAGAUAAUCACGGAGCAAAUGCAAAGAAAUUCAAGCAAAAUAAUUCUAAACCAAAGGUCACUGGAUUUGAUCUCAGCGAGGACGAAUAUGUUUCCAAGUAUGAAGAUUACUGAAGAUGGAACUCCUCAUUGCACCCGGCACCACCAAUGUAAUUGGUAGAAAAACAUGUAUUAACGGACAGGGAAAUUUUCUGCAAUUUUUGCAAUGGACAAAUUGUACAGACAAGUAUUAGUAUGUAAACAAUCUUGAUUGGUUAUACUUUAUUCUGGGUAAGUGGGUUUUUCAUCAUCCUCAAAGUUUCCAAAAGUACCAAACAUUUUUCUCCCUUUCAAAUUUGCAACUCCGUUUUUUUUUUAUCAUCAUAUGUAUAUUUUUUUGUCUAAAUUUACUGACUGUUGUAAAUUCUUUCGGUUCCAAGGAAAAGUUAUCCAGAUUAUCAAUGCUUGACGUUUAACUGUCUAAAGUGGUGGACAUUUUUUUUCACUGUCAAUCAAGUUACUGACAAGCACAAUCAAGUACUGACUGUUUUUCAAGUUUUGCCAUCUUCAGCUUUAGGUAUAGGACAUGCAGUUCUCUGUGAUUUAUCUUGUUUCACAAUUAUUUCUUUUCGCUCAUGGAGCCAAAACUCAGUUUGUCUGUUAAGUACUGAAUGAAUCAGUGGGCUAGGUAUGAAUGGAAGGAUGAAGUCAAACGUUUAAAUCCUUCUUAAAUUUUUAUGCCAGAAUGAUUUUUUUAUCUGUUUGGUCUGAAAUAAAUUCUUGGAAACUGUCAAUUCAUACUCUUUCAAUUGGUCUGCUAGUGACUUGGUAUAUUGCCAUUCUAGCAUGCCAGCUGAGAUUGCAAAUCAUUCAAAUGUAUUUUCUUGAAAUUAGUUCAGGCUGGGGUAACCUAGGUCUUAACAGUGAAACCAGACAAUGUAGAUCCGGGCAAGGUUGAGUGUUCAUAAUCAGACUAUGGGAAAACCGUUCUUCCAUUUAUUUGGUAGACCAUUUGAAAUUGCCUCGUAUUUACAAGGCAAUUUAAAGUGAUUUAAAAUGCUCCACCAGCCGGCUGAUAUCACAACUUUCUACGAAAUAGGGUUGUCGCAUAUUUUCUUUGUAAUUCAUUUUUGGACAGUGAGUGAAAAAAAACAACACCUAUAUUUUUCUGGGUUUUUUUUUUUUUCCCCCCCAAUUUACAUAGCCGAGAAAGUGACUUUCAUACCCACAAAUCUGAUUUCAUUUCUAAUGGAAAAGUAUAACACCAACAGUUUUUAGAAAAUUAGAACAAGAAUUGACCUCUGCGUAUCCUUUUACCUGCAUUUGUUUAUUUACUUUGCAAAUGUAUCAAGAGGUUAUGUAUCCGGACCAUGCUCGCAAUAUCAUUGCUGCUUUUAUAAUUUUUUUUGUCAUAUUCUUAAAUUAUGUUGUUGGUUCUUGAUGUGCAUUGUAUUGUGGCCAUGUUACAUUGGAUUGGCAGUAGUUAAAACCAUGAGUUGUUCCUUCAUAUGCUUAAGCCUCGGCCUAAUGGGAAAUGUUUUUGAAACUUUUAGUCUCUUUUUUCUCAGUCAAACAAGUUGUUUUCAAGCUAGAAAACUAGUUUUUGCUAAAAUUGUCUUUCCUAAACUCAUGACAAUUUCUGGAUCAUGCAACAGCCUCAUUCACUUUUCAUUUCUUUCUCCUUUAACAAACUUUUUUUUUUUUUUUUUUUUUUUUUUUUUUUUUUUUUUUAAGUAAUAUUUCCACCUACGAUCAACUCUGUUGACUAGAACUCAUGUCAAAUAAGUUGGCCAUUCUUUACUUUCCUUAUGCAAGCGACUACGCUGCGGUCGUCAAAUAGUCAUCAGGGAUUAACUGCUGGCAACACUGCAAUGCACAGAGAUGUACAUUAGUUUAUUGCGCAUGACAUUCAAAAGUAUUUGACUACCAACUUAUCUGACAUGAGUUGUACUUUUUCUGACGCUUCUAAAGAUGUGUCUCCUUGUUGAAUCAACAAAGAGUAAAAAUGCUAUCAGUCAGAAACAGACAUUAUUUGUACAUUGGUUGUUCCUCUCUUUUGCCACUUAUACUGCUCAGUAUACUGGUACCUAUUUUGUACAUUGGUUUUUUCUCCUUUUUUUCACCAAUAAUUUUGUUGUCAUUCAAGAAAAAUUAUUUAACCUUCUUCAUUAGGAAGUUGCACAAUUUUGAGCUACAUUCCUGAAUUUAGUAUGCUUUUAAUCUGCAUCACUUGAAAUUUUGAUUACAUUUUCUUUUUAUGACGAAUUCUUCAUGUUUUGAUGACUUGAAGCAAAUCUGAAGUUUGUAUUGUAUUUGAUGAAGAAAAGUACCCAUACCACUGUGUUCGUUGGUCUGAAAACUUUGGAAAAUCCAUAAAUUUUCUUGCGUCAAGGAAAGCACUAAAAGAAGAGAGAACUUUCUUUCUUAUUACACAGUCUAUCAGAUAAAACCUUCAAGGAAAAAUUUGUAUGUGUAACUUUUAUUUUACCCACAAAUGUUUGUACAGUAAUCCUAGGAAUAAUCAAAUGUGAGUUCGAGAAGGCAGGUUUUUACCAUUUUAGAUGCUUUUUUAACUUCAGCUCACUGGUAAAGUUCCCCCAACUAAAAUAGUUUGUGGAUCAGACAGAGAACAGUUGGUGAUAAAUUAAAGAUGUGAAGCAACGAUUGUGAGUUAUAGGUGAAACAAUCUCAGUUUUUUCUCAUCUCCUCUGUGUUGCAUGCACCUAUGUAUUCCUAUUCCAGUAAAAUGCGCUCUUGUUUGACAAUGAUCGUCGUUCAUUCCUUUUGGAGGCGUUUUAAAAUGCUGUAUUUACGCAUGAAAAAAAUCAUCUGAGUUCAUCAUACAAUUAGUUUGAUGUACAUAUUUUGCGUAAUGAUAAUUCCUGAUUGCAGCUCAAUUGAAUUAGCCAUCUAUGCUAAACUCAGUGAUAUGUUAGAACCACAGAAGCAUCACGAGGCCCUUUUAUGAAGCCAGUUUAUAUCUUCAAGAUGUUUUUAAGUUAUAACCAUUCUAACUUUAAUUUUUACCCUUUGUUAUGUUAAAAUUCUACUACUUGGAAUGAGUAAUUUCAAAAUUUUGUGUUUUAAUCGUUCCCUCCAAUCUUAGAAUAAUAUUUCUUUCAUGAUUUUAUUCUGUUGUUGGCCACUUUGAGUUUUUAUUUGAAAAUGAACCUACUAUUAUUAAGGUUUUUUGUUUCCACCGGUUUUAUAAUUUUUUAAAAGAGAAAGAGCAAGGAAGUGAGAGAAAGCGAGAAAUGAUCCUAGAUUAAAUGUUUUCAAGAGGAAAGUGUCCGUUUAUGCCAGUUAAUUUCUGGCUCAAUAGAUGUAGUGGCUCUGCACUGCAUGAUCUGAAUCUUUUAAAUUAUUGAACUUUUUUGUAAAUCAGAUUAAGCACUUUCUAGUUUUUCAAAGUUUUCCACACUGUAGUCACUUUCAAGUGUAGAACUGUAUAAUUUUGUCAGUUCAUCUAAGUCUAUAAGUAAAAUGAGGGGUAUUGAAAGAUCGUAGUUUGCACUUUCAACUUCCUGCUUGUGUUCCACUAAUUUAAUGAAAAAUGAGUAUCUGAGAGAAUAUUCCUUUUCCCACUUUCUCUUAGUUUUGUCUGUAUGUAAAAUCUUGUAUACAAAAAUGGAAGAAUAAAGUUUUUGAUUUUAUCUGA